ACUGGUUGUUCUUCGUGUUCAUUUUGGUGCUCUUCCCAGCCGACAUUGUCGGGGACUGCCUAAUUAUCUUGUAAAAGUGCUGCGAGCGUCAUGCUUGAGUCGGGCUGAAUCGGGCGCUGUGUGUUACUACACCUGCGUGUUUGCCCAACCGCUGGCCGUGAAGGCAGACUUGUUUUUGGGGCGGGGGGACUGAGAGCAAGCAAGCGCGGGCUGAGAUUGCGUUCAGCCGGGAUCACUCUAGUUGUAGUACCGCCGCCGACAGCUGUCACGAGAGUGUAUGCGCCUCAGCCCAAGGCCCUCUACUUUUUGUUUUCGCUCAGCAAGCAAACGUCGAGUCGUCAGCCGUGUGUACAUACGGAGGGGCCGGUUGUCAUGGUUUCCCUCCCCGCGACCUGUUCCUGACUGCGGGGCUAAGUGCCGCUUGUACAGAUUAAAUGUGAACACGGAGGCGAGCGCACGCUUCACUUGGAACAAGGGACGGUACGGCGAGAGAACAGGGCCCCGGCCACCAUGGUGCUAUAUCCGGGGACAACAUCGGUACUCCUAGCGUUGUUCCUCUUCUACCUAACGGACGUCCGAGGUUCUAGCAACUAUGGAACGAUUGACUUCAGUAGAUACUGCGGGUCCGGUCACUUUGCCGUGGCGCACCACGCCGGUUACAUAGAGUACUCCCCCGGGGAGACGGCGUCCUCCGUCCCGCAGAGCUGCAUCCUGAGGCUCAACCCUCCGGUGGGGGCCAUCGGCUUCUACCUACAGUUCUACAACCUAACCUUAGACUGCUCCUACCAGACGCUUAAGGUUUACGACAGAACGAAGAUGUACGUGGAAAAUGAGCCCGGUACGGUACUGGUCGACUUCUGCUCGGAGAGCGGCAGGGAUGAGGUCACGUCAUCAGAAAAAAGUAUCGGCAUCGAGUUUUAUUCAAACCCCAGCAAGGACACCUUAGAUAACACGUCUGCCAGUUUCCGCAUCAUAUACACCGUCUUCUCUGGAUCUAUUGAAGGUCUCGGACUGUGUCCGUUGGAACACUUCAGUCCGGGGUUUAUGCAGCCCCAGUUUAAGUGUGCGAACGGCCGCUGUAUCCACGCUGACCUGGAGUGUGACGGCAUCAACAACUGUGGUGAUUCUAGUGACGAGUCCGACCUGGACCACGAGACGAACUGUGAUGGUGUGCACGAUCCGCCUGGAAAUAGGACGGACUUUCCGCAAGCAAGCGAAGUUCCUCGUCCCAACCUCCCCACCACCCUUACUACGCACGGUCACGAAGAAGCCACGUAUGGCGGGUACGGACUGAGUAACGGAGCCAUAGUCGCCAUCGUCAUCAUCGCCUUCGUCUCGCUAGGGAUCAUCAUCUUCGCCGCCGCCGUGCGCUACUCGCAGUUCCGCAACAAAUUCCAAGGUGGCGCUGCUACUCAGAGAAGUAUAGACUACGAGUACACGGAGAGCCCGGCGUACGAGUCUUCAGAGCGGGUGGCCCGGUUGGUGAUACGGGACGGGAGGGCCAUCAUAACCCGUGGGUACAUCCCUACACACAGCGUCAACGGGAGCGCCGGCGGUACGGAGGAACAAGCGGCCUCGGCGCAAGCUUUGAACGGAGACUGUUCCAGCGCAGCGAACGCUCAGUCAAAUGGCCACGUGGUGCUACCGGCAAGAUCUAAUAAACCGAGUUUACAGCCGUUACUAGGCGACCAAAAGGGGAGUGACAGUGACCCGCCUCCUCCUUAUGCCGACCUGUAUCAAGUUUAUGACCGUACAUUAGAUUCGUCACCUGUAUAACACCAGGCUUGGACAAAACACUAUGCUGACGUUAUAGCACAAGUCUUUUUUGUGUAAAGAUUAUUGUACAUUUUGGGUGUAUAUAUCUGUAUAUGUUGCUGUGUUUACAUAUCGACGUGAAAUUAUGCUAAUGUCUUCAAAUAUAUUGAAAUUUGGAAUAAAAUUGAAAUCACUACGUUUGAACAACU